GGCAAACCGCUAUUUCUGAUGGCGCUUCAUCCUUAUCCAAAUUGACUUUCUGAAAUACAUGGGUAUUCUGAACUCCAUCUCUUUCUAUUUUCUUCUCUGUUCAACUGUCUAUGGAAGAUAUGAUUGCCCGGAUUCCAUUUGUGGGAAUAGCCACUUUGAUAUACGAUUUCCUUUUGGAAUAGAAGGCCAGAACCUUCACAACUGUAGCUACCCCGGUUUCAGUCUUAGAUGCAGCAAUCAAGGUAGAACAGUUCUAAGUCUUCCAGGUGCAGGAGAUUACUAUGUACGGGAUAUAGACUACCGUACCCAAGAAAUACAACUCUAUGAUCCAUCUAAUUGCCUCCCAAAACGGCUGUUCGAUUUCAACACUACUACUUCUCCUUCUUCACCUUUCAAAGCUGUUUCCUAUCUGAACUAUACUCUCUUGACUUGUUCAGCUAAUACAGUUUUCUCUCGGUUGAAUGUCAUUGGCUGUCUAAGCAAUUCCACCACUUCAAUAUUAGCUGCUACUUCUAUGAGUAUUGCAAGCCAAAUGACAAGUUUGUAUAACUGUAGCAUAAUCAACAAUUCGUCCGUUCCUGUUUCAUGGGCAUUUCAAUACGAAUCAGAUUUUCUAACUGACCUUAAUACCGAUCUUGUGUUAACGUGGGAUGUACCAAACUGCAAAAAGUGUGAAGCAAAACAUGGUGUUUGUGGGUUCAAGAAUGCCAUUAAUGGAGAAAUUCAAUGCUUUGACAGCCAUGGGUCAGGUAGCCAAAAAGGUCGACAAGUUUUCAAAUUUAUUGCAAUAACCUUACUUAUUCCAGCCAUCACAUGUAUAAUUGGUGUAUCCUGUUACAUCUGCUUUGAUUACAGCCGAUUCCGGCUCGCUGUAGAUGCAAUCCAAAAUAUCACCACCACAACAACCGUAGCACCACAUCCGGCAUCCACUACAGGCCUCGACGAUUCGACAAUCGAGUCAUACACAAAAGUAGUGCUUGGAGAAAGUCGGAGAGUUCCAGGUCCAAAUCAUGAAACCUGCCCAAUAUGCCUGGCAGAGUACCAUCCUAAUGAGAUAGUGAAGUGUAUACCUGAAUGUGAACAUUGCUUUCAUGAUGAAUGCAUUGAUGAAUGGUUAAAGAUUAAUGGUUCUUGUCCUGUUUGCAGAAACAAUCCUUCUCCUGCAACAUUGUGUUAGUUCUUCUUGGCACGUAGUUUGUUUUACAUUUUGCAUUUUGAAAUUAAUGUUGUAAAUCCCAAUUCAAAGUUGUACAUAUGCAUAUUGGGCGUUUAGUAAGAUCAUUGUGGUUUAGUGCUAGUUUCUUUACUUCUGUAGAAGCUUAGCUAGUUCUUGUUAUUCAAAUAUUUUGUUC